AUGAAUAACAUUACCUACAACAGUCCCAUCCUUCUGAUCAAGAGCAUCGACAUCCCCCAUCGUUUCAUCUACCCAGUGUUUGUCCUGCUGUUGGUCACCUACCUGAUCAUCCUGACCACAAACUUAGGGGUCAUGCUGCUUAUUAUGAUGGACAGGAGACUACAGCAACCAAUGUACCUGCUGUUCUUCAGCCUGUCCUUCAACGAUGUCAUGGGAAACACGGUGGUUCUGCCUCGGCUGAUGUUUAGGGUAGUCUCCACCAACCUAUUCAUCAGUUACACCCAUUGUGUCUCCCAGGCCUUCUUUAGCCACACUUAUGGCACGUCCUGCCACACGGUGAUGAUGAUCAUGGCCUUUGACAGGUAUGUGGCCAUAUGCCACCCUCUGAGGUACACCUCCAUCAUGAGCCCCACCAUGGUGGCUAAGCUGACUGCAUCAGCCUGGAGUACAUCGGUAAUACUGGUGUCCAUCCUGUUGGGCCUCACAAUACGGCUAAAACGCUGCCACUCUAUCAUUAUCCAUGCCUGCACCAACCCAUCCCUGUACAAGCUCUCCUGUGAGGACGUAACCAUCAAUGACAUCUACGGACUAACUUUCACUGUGGCCCUGUUCAGCUCAUCCAUCAGCAGUGUGGCCUUCACGUAUUUCAGGAUCCUGAUCAGCUGUGUCUCCACAAAGAACAAGGAGCUCAACAGAAAGGCUGUGCAGACCUGCGCAACCCAUCUGGUCCUCUACAUGAUCAUGCUCUGCUCCGGCUUCCUCAUCAUCAUUUCAGAUCGCAUCAAAAUCCUCAACAGGUAUCGGCCAGUGGUGUCCAUGCUCUUUCACAUCGUUCCCCCCAUCGUGAACCCUGUCAUAUAUGCCAUGCAGACCAAGGAACUAAAGGCAAGGAUUGUACAGAUACUUCAUUCAAAAGUAUCCCAGCAGCAAUAA